AUGGAGACACUGAAUGGCCUCGAACAAAACCUUCAGAUAGCCUUGCAUGAGCACAUCGCAGAUGUCAAAGCAGAGCUUGCCCAAGAGCAAAAAUCUCAUGAUGCGGCCUUUGACGCUGAGAGGAAUGGAUAUCAGCAAGAUAUUCACGCGCUGAAAGCUCGGGUAUCAGAGCUCGAAGAUGAGAAACAGCACAAUGCUGGCAGAGCUGGGGAGGCGGUCUCCUCGGCAUUGCUUGGAGUCAGACUGAAAGAAGUCGAGGCUGAGCUUCUACUAUGCAAGGAGGAUUUCCGAAAGGUGAAUACGGCAAAAAGAAUGCUGGAGAUUAGAAUCCGAAAAUACAAAGCAAUACAAAAAGAGUGGAGAGCCUACUAUCGUGAUUGGAUCGAGCGACAACCUCAUCGGCGGCAUUCACCAAAGAAAAGCAGAAGGAAUGGGGAGUCAUCGAGCAAGCCCAGUCUCGAACCAAAGUCUCCAAGGGACUCUGCGCCCCCAACAUGCCCGCCGACCUCUUCCGAUGGAGGUAACUCGUCUAGGCCUACUUCAUUUCACCAGAACGCGCGAAGAAACGUAAAGCUAGGUGCUGAUGCCGGUGGCGAAGAAGUCGCGUUUAAUUUCGCGGCAACUCAAACAGCAAUCCAUCAAGAGGAAGACGAAGUGGUGGAUGAGCUUGCAGAAACAUUCGACGUUACUGAACUAGAAGCAGAAGACGCAGCCCGUGUUGGGUGUGAAGAUGUGUUAGUUCAUCUAGAGGCACGGCCUGAGAAAGUAGAACAUUCAGAAGGCUCAUCACCGAUCGUUGUCUCUGAACGCUCCUUGAAGCGCAAAAAAUUAUCAAACGAGCCAGAGCCACGCAUUGAUAUCCACCAAGAUCGGGUGGCUCACCCAAUUGCCCAAAGAAAACAUGGUGUCAAGGUCGAGUUGCUCUCAAGUAGCCCCCUACAACCUUCUAAACUCGUCAACCAGCGAAACAACGCAGGCGACAGCCUGGACUUAGAUGAUGUCGAGGGAACGCUCUACACGCCGCGAAAGAGGCAAAGGCUUGAGCAAGUGAUGCGAUCGUCUACAAUGGCAUGGAAUGAAAAUCUGGAAGAGCAAGACCCAACGCUGAUUACGGGAGAAGAAAUUCAUGACGAGGCUGGGCCACUGUCUGUCUCCCAUAAGUUGAUACUUCCAGAUCAAGAUACGACCAGCAUUGAAAGUGAAACUCAGAUCUUAGAGCAGCAGUUAAGACGAGCUCGAAAGGAAGCCCAAAUAGCCCAACAGAAUGCGUAUAACCAACGUGUACACGCAAAAAGAUCUUUAGCGAGAGUAAAUACCACGGAUUCACCAAAGACGCCACGCAUAUUGACGACUCUCUCCGGACAACACCGACACGAAGACGACGAAUUUAGCUCUGGCAUGACGACCACUUUGGGCUCGGUUACCUUGCCAUGGACAAGUCAUAGCAAGCAUCUCGAGGGGCGACGUACUCCUCCCAGCCGGCGUGACCAUGGAGCUGCUGCAGUUCCCAUGCUAGCAGAGGACGGAGAGGGCCUCACGUCCCCAAAAGUGCCAUCCGGCACCUCGAAAACUAUCAAGGAGGGCAAGGGCGUCACAGUAAAAGUAGCUUCUAAGGAUCCCAACCGUCACGAGCGGCUCGGCCAGCUUUUGAAUGACCCUUCACCCCCUAAGAAUCCUCUAAUCUCGGAUCACAAUCAAGAAACCAAGAAAGUGAUGCCCACAGCGACUACCCCAGGGGCCAAAGCUUCGCUUAGGACGCCCCAGACCGCACCUGCAAAACAGUCUAAAGCUAUAGUUCAGCCAGGCAGCGAACCCGCCCAAGUUCUAGCAUCCAAAUUUCGCAACCCCAAAAUAUAUCUUAGGAAAUCGACACCAAAUAUCUUGAGAUCUGGUUCCAUCCAACCUGACGAUGAGCCCCUCCGCGCGCGUCCCCUUCAACGUCUCAAACUCGAAGACUUCAAACCAAACCCCGCCCACAGCUCCUUCGCCUUCCACGAAUCCCUCCGUCGACACGACGAGAAGAAAUCCCGCGGCGGUUGCACAGAUCCCAACUGCCAACGCUGCAAAGAAAUUGACAAAUUCCUUGACGCCAGCGGCUUUCUUUCCUCUUCCACUAACAACCCACUCACCACCAGCGACAACGACGACAAGCUCCUAAAAGACUACCUCGGCCCCUCUUACCAGCGUACCCUCUCCACCAUCACCCCAGCUGAGAAGAAGGAGCUGCUUCACAAAGCGCGCAGUCAGCAGUGGAAAGACAGGUUCGGCAAGCAUCGGCAGACAUUUUCGAAGGCAGCCGAGCCGCCAGGCUUCUGGGACACGGAUUUCCCGUCUACGCAGGAGAACGAAGAAUUGAGGGAGCAGGCGCGCUUGAUGGAGCGGAGGAAGGUAGAGGAGAGAAGGGAGGAAGCGUUGAGAGGCGGGUUGUGGGUAUUUGCUGAUGAGGUUGCUAAAGCGACGAGCAUCGUUGAGUGCCGAGAGCUGCAUUUUGGGAGCAUUGUAGAAGGUUAG